AUGACAGGCACAACAAACCCGACCAAGUCGGUAAUGGAGCACUAUUCCAACCGCAUCGUCCUCACAACCUACCCCAACCAAAGCGUCGCGAACCCGAUCCCCCUAAACUGGGGCGCCUCGACACCGGCCUCACGCGGACCUGUCAUCGUCUCGCGAUCCAAAAGCACCAUCAGCAAACGCAACGCGAUCGGCGCUCACGGCGGCAGCUACGCGAUCUACGGUGCGCUGGCCAUCGCCUCGGGGGCACUUGAUCCAGACUUUCGACCGAACUUCCUCAACACGCAGCCGACGUUCAACUUCCCCGCGCAGGCCGCAUGGGGCGAUAAGACCAAGAUCGUCUCCAUGGACCCCUUCGGCCACGAUAUCGUCAAACACUAUUCCUCCCACAUCGAGUCGGGCUUGGACGUGCGGCCAACCAUCGCCGUGACGCGGGCUACAAUGCGUGUCUCCGAGAUCAGCGAAGCUAUUAAGAUCGGUCGACUCCCGAUCGACGGGAAUAUCGUGUUGAACGGGCAGGGCGACGUGCGAGUGACAAAGGUAGCCGUGGAGCCAGUCUGGUAUCUACCGGGUGUGGCGGCGCGGUUUGGCGUUGACGAGGUGCUUCUUCGACGAGCCCUGUUCGAGCACACAGGUGGAAACUACCCCGAGCUUAUCACCCGUCCGGAUAUGAAGGUGUUCUUGCCCCCAAUUGGCGGACUGACGGUGUACAUCUUCGGGCCACCGGAGAGGGUAUCGGAUCCGAAUAUUCGUCUGGCAUUGCGGAUUCAUGAUGAAUGUAACGGGUCGGAUGUGUUCCAGUCCGAUAUCUGUACGUGUCGACCGUAUCUUGUAUUUGGGAUCGAGGAAGCGAUCAAGGAGGCGCAGAACGGCGGCUCAGGGGUGGUGAUAUACUUCCGGAAAGAAGGGCGCGCGUUGGGUGAGGUGGUUAAGUAUUUGGUUUAUAACUCGCGAAAACGAGGUGGUGAUACGGCGGAUCAGUAUUUCCAGCGCACGGAGAAUAUUGCUGGCACGAAGGAUAUGCGAUUCCAAGCCCUCAUGCCAGACAUCUUGCAUUGGUUGGGCAUUACGAAGGUGGAUCGCAUGCUCUCCAUGUCGAAUAUGAAGCACGAUGCUAUUGUGGAGCAGGGAAUCCCCAUCCUGGAGAGAAUUCCGAUCCCUGAUGAAAUGAUUCCCGAGGAUUCGAGGGUAGAGAUUGACGCAAAGAUUCAUUCGGGGUACUUCACGACCGGGAAGCAGUUUACCGAGGAGGACUUGAAACAAGUCAAGGGUCGUGGAUGGGAUGCGUGGGAGGAUAUUACUCACUAG